GAUGCCAUUGGGUUUUGUGUUUUCAGUUUGAUAAUCUCGUUCCGUUCGGUUUGACCCAUGUAGGCUCUCGUACUCUUGAAGCGGUGUUGGCUGAUGUGUCAAAAUGGCAGAGUUAACAACACUAGAGAGCCUGCUGGAGAUGGGCUUCGAGAGAAACAGAGCGGAGAAGGCAGUGGCAAACACAGGAAACCAGGGGAUAGAACAGGCCAUGGACUGGUUAAUGGAACAUGAGAACGACCCUGACAUCGAUGAGCCCUAUGUGCCGCCUGUGGCCACUGUUCUGGGAGGAGAUGCAGAAAGCCAGACGAGCACAGAGCAGCCCACACUAGCUGACGCCACUGAAGGUGGAGAUAUGCUCUACAAUGAGGAGGACGACAGUUCAAAGCAGUCAAUGUCAGAGGAGGAGAAACUUGAGCAAGUUAAGAGGCUCGAAGAGCUGAUGCGGGUGAAGCAGGCGGAGAGGAGAGAGCGAGAGCGGGCAGAAGAGGUGGAUAGGGAGAAGUACCGGAGGAGGCAGGGCCAAGAACUGCAGCAAAUCCGCCAGAAAAUCCAGGACGAUGAUAUGAAGAAGUUAGCCGACCAGCGCAUGAAAGAGAAGAUGGAGGACAAAAUGGCGAGGCAAAGGGUUAAAGACAAGAUUGCACGAGACCGAGAGGAGCGAGCGCAAAAGUUUGGAGUUGGAGGGCCCCAGAGCGCGGCUACAUCGUCCCAGCCUGCCCAGCCCAGCCCGUCAUCACCCACCAGUCAGGGUCCUCCGCUCACUAAGAGGGAUUAUGAUAUGUCCAGGAUACAGGUACGUCUGCUGGACGGCUCAACCAUAACGACAGUCUUCAAGGCCCAGGAGCCACUGGCGGCGGUGCGCGUCUACGUGCAGGUGAACGGCAACACACCUGAGGGUCAGGACUUCACGCUGCUCUCGCCAUAUCCCCGACACGUCUACACCGAACUGGACAUGGAGAAGCCCCUGAAAGAGCUGGGUUUGGUGCCUUCAGCUGUGCUGGUUGUUAUCAAAAAGUGAGACCGGGAGGAUCUGCUCUGUGAGCCUACCUCACUACUUCCACCUCUUCACCACCAGAAACACCAGGAGCAGACUGAUCCAGGAACAGAGCUGCCAUGUUUUAGUAUCACUCAAUAAGCCAGCUAACUGAACUAAAGAACCAGAGAGGGAGCUGGAGGCUGUGUUUAGACUGUCUAUAGUAACAAAUAUUUUUCAACACAAACUGAAAGCAGCCCCUUGACAUUCUGGGCUGAUCUCACUGACUGUAGACUUGUGAGUGCAGUGAGUUUGAUAAUUUAUCAAUUAGAAACAGAGUGGGGGUAGCUGGCUACUGACUGAUACUGCUUCAAGGAGCACCGCACAUCGUUUCAGCAACACGUUUUGUCGACAACAGUACAGAACUAUCGUUCAGUUUUAACUUGAUUCUUGCAGCAAAGCACCACACAUGACCUGCUCGAUUGGUUCUGAAAGAGCCUUAAAUUUAAUCCCCACAAUCUUCCUGAUUUUGUGACAUUCUACUUUUUUUAUAACUUAAAAUAUGACACUGACGUCGGCAUUAUCACCAAGAAUCUACUUACAAUAAAGCUGACUUGGAGAAUUA